AUCAAAUUCUCAUUUCGGCGAUUUGUACGGACGUUUUCCGGUGUGCGCAGGAAGUGAGAGCCGCUGCGCUUCCGGUACAUUAGACAUGGCCGAGAAUACAAUAACAGUGACCGUUGCCUACGGCACAGCCAAGCACAGCAUCACACUGGCGGGGAAGGACGGGGCUGAGCCGGUUUUGAAAGAUCUGUCAGAAACGCUCGCCGAAAUGACCGGCGUCCCCAUACCGUCGCAGAAAAUCAUUUUCAAAGGAAAGUCACUACGGGAGAUGGAUUCAGCCCUAUCCAGCUUUGGCGUGAAGCAGGGCUGUAAACUAAUGAUGAUAGGAAAAAGGAACAGCCCAGAAGAGGAGGUGGAGCUUAAGAAGCUGAAGGACAUUGAGAAGUCCGUGGAUCUGACGGCCAAGAAGCUGGAGAAAGUGGAUGGAGAGCUGACUGGGUUAAGGAACGGCUUCCUGGCGAAGGACCUGCAGGCCGAGGCUCUGAGCAAACUGGACCAGAGAGUGAAGGCGGCAGCCGAGCAGUUCAUGAAGAUCCUGGAGCAGAUGGACACCAUGACCUUCCCAGAAAACUUCAGCGACUGCAGAAUGAAGAAGAAGGGGCUGGUCAAAACGGUUCAGGAUUUCCUCGCUCAGUGUGACCGGAUCGAGGCAGGGAUCUCAGACCAUCUGGCCAAGAUACAGUCCAAGAACCUCGCCCUGGCCGACUGAGGAAGAGUGUGAUAAGGAAGACCUCCCUCUCCCCUCCCCGUGGUCCCCAAUCCACUGCUCUGUGAGCAGAGCUAAAUAGAGACUGGUGCUCCGGGUUCGAGCAGCUUAUUUAUCUGACUGCAGGAAAAACCCUUAAUAUAUUUUUAUGGAAAUUACUAUUUAAAACCAUCUCCAAAAAAACACCGUAACAAAGAUAGCACCACCAAGAUAUUCUUGGACAGUGGAAAGACAGUGUGUGGUCCUCUUUUUUUUUUGUUGUUGUUGUCUUGCACUGACAUAUUGACAGAUUGUGUGACUGAUCACAGAACUCCCCUGUGUUUGUGUGUUUUAGCUGUGUGGGCAACGUGUCAAUUUGGCCUUUUGUUCUGAGUAAUGUACCUGCAAAUAAUAAUGUGCCCUUUUUUUUUUUUGAUGUUAGGACUGUAAGCGUGCAUGACGUCACACAUUAAGUUGUGUGAUGUCAUAAAUAAGGAAUCGGCAGUGUUCCGCAGGAAAGCCGUCUGUGCUGAACUGGCUCCGCCCCAUUUCAUCCUGUAAUCAGCUGUCCAUUUGAACGCCUGAAAGGGGAACUACACCCUAAUCUGAUGUUACUUUAUUUUACUGAUCUGUCCACUUCUGAAUUGCGGCUGACCAGAUGCUUUACUUGGGAAGUCCUGCGUGUGGAACAGGCCAGUGACUGCUGUGUGUGUGACUGCAGCACUGAGAGGGUGUGACUGCUGGUGUGAAAUAUGUCGCUCAGCCUUGUUCUCAGGCCUGCUGUACAGUAAACUCUUUUUCUUUCUUCUCAGAAUCACGUUUUCAGUGGACAGAUCAGAUUUACCAUCGACGGUUGAUUUUGGGGGAGGGGUGCAGUUUUUAAUUUGGCAAGACGGUGCAGCAGAGGUUGUGGUUGUGGCACAUGCUCAGUGCACCCUUCCCCAAAUCUCCUCUCCUCGGGUGUUAGGAGUGCCCAAACCCCGAACCCUGUACCCCACUUUGCCACAGCUGAUCUCAGGGUGCAUUGUGGGGGCCAGUCUGUUACGAGAUCUCAUCCCAACUUCUGGUCAUAAUUUAGCCCUAUUCCAGUCAGUCGUGUGAUCUGACACGUUUGCCACGUCACCAGCAACAGCUGCAGACUUUACUGUGGUUCUGGUAUCCGGGUGAACCAGCCCUUGGGUACUCAGCCGUUUAGAAAUAAUUGGUUCUGAAUAAUUGUUUGGAACAAAAGCCGGCAUACAGGCACGGACCCUCCUGUACUGGAGUUUUGUUCUGUUAACUGAACCAGCCUUGAUAAAGCUCCAUGUGUUAUUUAAGGAGGUGCACGUUGUUGGAGCCUCCCCAUCAUGAUGACCUCCGACCCCAGGAUUUCACAUGUAUUCUGAACGAAAGGAAUAUUGGAGUGAUCAGCGCCAGGUCCAUUGCUGUACCUUCAGGGUAGUGUGCAAUAUUCCCCUGCUGUCUGUGUGCACUGUUGUGUCCGAGUGAUUCACUAUUAAAGGCCUUCUCUGAGGGGUGGCUGUACAGUA